UGCGAUCCGCGGUCGGUCAUCGUGUCUUAUAAUAUAAUAUGUUGCUGCUCAAAGUGUCCUUCGCAUUAUUGACAGUGGCGUUGGUUAUCUGCAAGAGUUUACAAUCGUCAAUGUUCGACCAGUGUGGUCCUCGUCAUACGAACCUAACCCAAGAAUGUGUGGGCAAAUUGAUAUUGGACACUCUGGCAAAAGUCACCGAAGACCCGGAGAAUUUCUUGAGAUCAAACCAAUUGAAUAACGACAGUGGACCGAUAAUGCGAUUUAUUAAGCUGAAAUUCGAUAACGAUACAAUGAACAUCGAUCAACGCUACGAAAUCGACGAGAGUAGAUCUUGGAACACAGGAAAUUUUUGGGAUCAAUUGGUCUACGCAUUCAAAAAACUGACAAACUACAGUAGCGACCACGGAAUUCUGUUGUCUCUCCCGCAAUGGUCUAAAAAAUUUCCACCUGUCACAGUCGUUGACGAAAACGACGUUUUUCAAGUGGUCAAUGAAAGUCGAGCCAAGCACCCACACAAGAAGUAUGCUCUGCUGUUCCCAUUGCUGGCGACGUUCAAGUUUCUGGUGAUCAAAACGCUGUUGGUGCCAAUAUUGGUGGCCGUCAUGAUCAUCAAGAAGAUGCUGGUGCUUGGCGUCAUGGCACUGCCCACCGUAUUGACCAUGUUACGGUUCUGCCGGAACCCCAACUUCGGAGGCUUCGGGUUCGGUGCCGGUAACCUUGUGGCCUCGGGUGCCGUUGGGCCGGUUGGUCAAGCGGCAGCAUUCGCGCCCCUCACCGCCGACAUUUCGGGCGACUACUCCUCGUACGUGCAACAAUCGGCGGCCGCAUCCCAGCAGAACGGCGCCUACAAGGACUACUCUAAGAACCUGAUGGACGCUAUGAAGACGACAUACUGACGGCGCGGCGUUGAAACCCGCCACUCGUAUAUAGGUCAAAUUUGAAUUGUCGUUGUAUACGAUUUAUAAUAUUAUAUAGGUACACUAUAUCCCCGGCUCCCACCACCACCCACCACCACCCUCCAACAUUUUCAACGCCCUACAAUUCAUUAUUCGUAUUAUAUUAUAAGUACCCAGUUAAAGUACCUGUACCGUCCUAUACGUGCGUGUUAGGAAUAAAACGUGUGCCGAUAAGAUAACUGACGUUUUGUAUCCUCCAGAUGCAGUUUUAUAAUAUAUAGUAUUAUAUUUUUCUUCAAACUUCCAAGUGAUUCCCUAAGCUGAUGGCAAUUUAUUUUUCGUAUUUCUAAUUAUUUUCGAAAACCAUGUGGCAGUUGUAAUAGUACCGUUAAAUGGUAAUUAAGAAUGGACACUUCUCCCCUUGGUUACGUGGGUAUUCUCAAAACAACCAUACAUCCUAUCUACAUUACUUUUGAUAUUGUUUUAUUAUCAUACGUUAUAUAAUCAUAAACGUUAUGAAUUUUUAAGUAUCUAAUUUACUCAAACUGUGUUUAUUUUUUCCGCAUUGCAGAAACAAAAAAAAUAGGUAGGUAUAUAGAUUAUAAAACUACUGUAGCAUAAUUUACUUAUCUAUAUAUAUGUGAAAUAAUAAUUAUAAACCAUACGUGAAAGUAGGUACCUGAUUAGUGACCUCUGACCAGUUAUGAUAUCAGUAUAGUGCACAAGAUCGCUAUUAUAUUAUAUUUAUAUUUCCUACACGGAUACACGUAGAUCACCAUUGCAAUGGCACCAAAUUAUUAUUUUUUUUUUAAUUUAUCGUUGCUUUCAGACACAAUAUGCUUUCAUGGAUUAAUCGUUUUAAAUAAUAUUAAUAAGUACCUAUCUAUUAAUAGGAGAUACUCAUUACUCACACAUUUAUAAAUAAUGAAAUAUUUUAUUUGUAUUCUUGGGUACCUACAUUUGUUUUUAUUUAUAAUUAUUUCUUUAGUCUUACAAUAAUGUACCUCCUAUUGGUAGUGGAACUAUUUCCUCGUCGUUCUCGUGAAGAAGUCUACAACAUCGAUCGUGUUGUGUUUUGUCGUUUAAAAAUGAAUUAUUUAUCUUUCGAUUAUAAAGUAAAAUUGUGUAAAGGCUGUAGACCAGUCACCAAUCCCAGCCUCAUGCAUUAAACCCUGACCAGGAAUGGUAGAUAGGUACCUAUAGGUUUUCUUCUACACGUAUUAAGUGGGUUAACUGUUUGAGGUACCUACACCACGUAUAUUCCUAAAAUACUAAAACAACUACCUAUCAAGUUUAUGAUACUUUUUCAUUCAAGUUUAAUUAUAAUAUAUAGAAGACCGUAAUAUAUAUAGUAUUACGUAACAACUAACAAAACUUUGUAAUUUUUUUUAAUACUUAAUAGUACAUUACCUAUGUAGGUUUAUCGUUUAUUAUAUACAUAUUAUUUAUUUAUAUGGUUAUUCAAAUACGGUGUAUGUAAUUAAGAAUCUUAAC